GGACAACUGGGCGACUUGCGCUGUCGUCGCAAGAUGGCCGAACAGGACGAGAAUGCGUACGAGAAGCUGUCGCGGGAGGUGCACCAAGCACAGAUAACGGGCGCGAUCCACCAAGACUGGCUAGAGAACCCAUGCGGCUUCCUCUUGAAGCCCGACUUCAAGCGCAAGAUGCAAAAGAUGGGGGCUGGAGGCAAAAAGUUGAUCCAAACGAGCCUGCGGGGUUUGCGGUGGCACUUGCCAGGCAACACGUACCGCAGUCGAUGGUUUGUCUUGGACGGAAUGAUGUUGCGAUACUUUCGCUCGAAGAAUGACGACCAAGAGCUCGGGUCGAUCCACUUGACGUCAGUGAACGCCGUCCUGCCGUCGAGCAUCGCCGACGCUCCUGACCAUGCUCUGGAUCUCGUGUGUGCAGACCGCAUCUACACCAUUGCCGCGACGACGCGCGAAGACAUGGUUCGAUGGGCGACUGUGCUGACGCUCGUUCUGCGCGGAGAGUACCAGCCAAAGAUGAUGCAGCGCCGCGAAUCUGCCGUCAUUCGCGGCAGCUCCGUGAUUCCUCCUCACAGCCGCAUGAGUUACAUUCGCCAGCCGUCGCAAAUCGCAAACUACACGCCGUCCGCCAACUCGUUCCACCCGGUGCUCGCGCCAUUUGACGAAGAAAUGGACGACCGAGAGCGCGACAUGGACGAAAAGCUGCGUGUGAUGAGUGUCAGCGAGAAGAUCGUGACGGUCACGUUCGACUCACCCGGCAGCCUAAACCUCUUGCUCCAAAGCACGAUGGACGAUGCCAUCGUGGUCAAGGGCUUCCGCGAACCCCCGGAAGGCGGGGUGGGCUUGGCGGAAGCCACAGGCGCAAUCAAAGUGGGCGACUUGCUCGUGAGCAUCCAAGACCACCCGGUCACGACCAACACGACGUUCGACAUGGCGAUCCAUGAGAUCCAAACGGCAUCGCGCCCGCUGACGCUGCGGUUCUCUCGGCUGGAGGGGCCUCCGACGAAGCACCCCCAGCGUGUGGCCCAGGGCUGGGUCCUUGCCAAAGAACCAGCCACAACGCGGUGCCGCACACGACUGCUGCAGCUGCAAGGGUCCAAAGUAUAUUUGUACAAGCCAGGCAUGCACACCGGACACCUCGACCGCCCGUGCUUGACUCUGUCGCUCGACGAAGUGUCGGACAUUCGCGCCGUGCAUGACAAGCGAAAGGCGCCGGGUGACGCCAAAGCGUUCGGGUUGACACUCGAAGGCAAGCACGUGAUGCUCACGUUCUUCGUCAAGUUUCCUGCCGAGCUGUGGCACUGGCUGGACCUGCUAAAGAACGCUCCGUUGUUUGACAAGGCUGCCAAGAAAGCGUCGACAUCGUCCGUGUUGUCGACGAUUCCUGUCCACCCAUUGAUGAUCAUCGAGCAACCACCCAAGCGAAACACGAUUCUCUUGGAAGGCCAUGACAUGAUGAAGCUCGGCGACUUGACGCCCACCUUCCAACCGCGCACAGUGCAGCUGCAUUCGUACGGGAAGCUCGCAUUCUACCGCGACGACGUCCGUGUCGGGACGGUGCAAUGCGAGUCGAUCCAGGACAUAUCGCUGAGCAAGUUCCAAGACUGGUGGUACUUGGAGCUGAUUGUUCUGUUGCCGUCCACUGGCGGCCACAAGUACCGUCGGGAAGUCGUGCUGCGCUUCGAUUCCGAGCAGAAGGGCAUCAAGUGGACCCGUGCGAUCGAGCGCGUGGCGAAAGAAUGCCUCGGGCCUGGCGAAGACAUUGACGUGACGAUUGAAUCCGUUUCCGAAUGGACUCCCCCCGGUCUCCCGCUCACGAACGCCGUCUCGGACGACAUGUUUGUCGCCCUCCACGCCGAAUGGGGCGCGAGUCGGCACUUGGGCGAUCUCCACCUCGACCAGAAAGCUGCGUACACUCAAGGUUGGUUUUUUGCAAAGAAACCGGGUGUCCUCGGCCGGGAGGCAUAUCACGCCCGCUAUGUGAUCUUGCGCGACCAGUUUUUGUACUUGUACAAGUACCAUACCCCGCAGCUUGACGGGACAACGCUGUGUGCUUCCAAGAUCGACUUGAGCGAAAUUCAAGACGUUGUGGAGGGCAACCCUUCGUCGGUCGACACGAUGGAGCACACGAUUCAGCUCAAAACGGCAACCAACGAUGUGUUCACGCUGGUCGCGCUGACGUACGCCCAAAAGGAAGCGUGGCUGUCGUUGCUCGUGUGGACGUCCGAUUACUACGUCCAGGACGCACCGGCGCCAUUGCCGGCGCUCUCGACUGGCAAGUUCGUGCAUCGACCGAGCUUCGAGUCGAAUCCUCCUCCAUCUCCCGUCGGUCAAGUUGCUGCGGCGUGGGACAGCGUAGCCCGUGCCCGGGGAUGGGUUCGUCGCAACGGCCAAGAUGUGUACGCUUGCAUCGUGCAAGGCGUGCUGAGCUGUUACGAGUCGGAGGAGGAUCUAGAUGCUGAGUGGGGCGAUGCGCUGGACGCAAUUGUGCUGACGGACGUCCGCCACGUGCAUGCUGACAAUGAGACGACCGUCGUGGUGGUGCUCGCUGACAACUCCUCGCUCCGCCUGACGUGCCGCGAUAAGGGCGACGUCAAGGUGUGGAUGUUGGCCAUUUGUUCGUGCAGCCACUUGGUGUUGACGACGAAUACGUCGACGGGGCUGCUCGAGAGCCAACUCCCGAACGAAGGAUGGAUCUGGAAGCUGGACCCGCUCUUCCAAGUCCACCGAAAGCGGUACAUUUGCCUCAAGAACCACGAACUCGUAGUGUCGACCGACCGCGCCGAUCACCACGGCCGGGUCCUGUCCGUGAUUGCGUUGGACACAAUUGUCAACAUGUUCAUGUCCAAGGUCACGGGCCGGGACAAACGUGGCGACUUCUAUCAACUGACGCUGCAAUGCGACGAAGCGCCCGACGAGGACGACGAAGGCGACGAAGCGGCCGUCCACACGCUGUCGAUGUCGUUUUUUGACGAGGCCGAGAUGAAGACGUGGGCCCAUGACAUUUUCCACUGCUGCACCAACACCACUACCAACCCGCACGCGUCUACAAACUUGGCGCCGCCAACGACUGUGGCGGUGUUUCCGCAGGAGUUGAUGAAAACGUCGCUCUUCCAAGAGGCCGAGCCGUCGUUCGCCCCUUUCGUCCCUGGCAACGCCCGCGGCUGGCUUUACUACCGGAUGGCAUCAACCAAGCAGCGCCUGCGCCGUCGGUAUUUUGUCCAGUACGGCAGCGAAUUGUCCAUCUACAAGCACGAAUUGCUUCCGAACGAGCCGUCGGCCAUUCGAUACGGAGUCGUCGACUGCCGCGCGCUUGUGGACGUGCGGUUUGUGACGACCAACUGUCCUGAAAACGCACUCGCGCUCGAGUUUGCCAACACAACGCUUGUCCUCGUUGCCGAGUCGGACGCCGCAACGCUUGCGUGGCGGGCUCUGCUUCUGGACGUGAAGCGGACGUUUAACCCGACCGGGAAUCGCAUGGACCACGGCGGCGUCCUCAUCUCGAGAAGCAGCACGUUUGCGUCCCAGAAAGAGAACGAAGCGCUGCUGCGCAACCAAAUUGAACUGAGCGUGCAGUUUGCCGCCAACAUGCAAGAAUGGGAUGGCUCCAAGUGGGUCGCAAAUUAUUUUGUCUUGACGGGCAGUCGAUUGCUUGUGUUUUCGCUCGCCGUCCACCUCUACGACGAAGACCCGGACCUGCUUGCAACCUACCCGACCAAACUCAUCACGUAUGUCCGCAGUCUGUUGGACGAGGAAGGGGCUGCUGUCGGCUCUGAUGGCCUCAGCUCGAUCGCCAAGACGUCGUUCGUGCUCGGGUUUGGCGCAAACUCCAGCUUGAUCCUCAAGUGCGAAACGGCAGAUCUGUGUCUCCAAUUGAUGCGGCUACUCUGCCUCAGCAACGGCAAGCUCGAGCUCAAGCAGAGCGCGGCGACAGGCAGCUGGGGCAGCGUGAACCGCAUCGCGUCCAUGUCGCGUCACAGCAGUUUUCUCGUCCCUUCAACGCCAUCGUCGUGUUCGUUGACUCCAUCCUUGGCUCCGUUGGCGCUCGAAACGAAUGGGAAGGCGUCGACACCUUUGCGUCAGUCCCGCCGCGUGUCCAUGCAAAGACGAACGUCCGAGUUGAUUCAGCAACAGCGAACGGCGAUCUUGCAAGGAUAGCAGCACAAUGUGUCGUAAAGUCGAUGUAUGGCAGCAACAGAAUCUUUGUGCUCCACAGAUAUUGCUUCAGGAUUGGCGCAGGGAAU